GCUCGGAGUUUCUAUGAAGGUUAAAAGGAUAUGACUAUAUUAUACAGUUGCAAACCCCUUGCUUUUUGGAAUGUAAAAAUUUUUGUGUUACAUAUACAGCUGUAAUUGGGAAAACUUUCUUUGAUAACUGAAAGGAUGUUGAUAAACAGAACACAUUCUGGCUGAGAUGAUAACAAUCUGCCUCCCUUUGCUCUAGGUAGCUACAGGUGUUUCACUUUGAUGUCCCGACCUUAAGGUGUUAGAAUAAACAUGCCCCGAGCCAAUCUUAAACUCCUGGUAGCAUGUGCGGGCAUCUUCACUCUUCUUCUGACAGUCUACAACAUCGGGAAAUGUGAUCUUACCAAGAAUGACAACAACGUAAACAGAGAUGAUAAAUUGCCUCAUCUUGACAGUGAGUUUGAUGGCUCAGUCCAGGGUUUUCAGCCCAGAGCAGCACAAUCUUACACACAUGCCAAGAGAACCAAUAAAUUGGACUAUGAGGAAAUCGAGUGUGUCAUUAAUGGAGACUACUCUGUGAAAGGAAGAAAGGAUGGGAAUGAAGUUUACAUGCCAUUUUCAUUCAUCCAAAAAUACUUUGAGGUGUAUGGUUCCUUGGAGACAUCUGACGGAUACGAGAGGUUUUCAUUCCACCACAGUUACCAGGAUGACUUCCCAUCUGGACCUGCACCUAAGUACUCCCCCAGUGGUGUCUUUAUGUCAUUUGAUCUCUACAAUGUGGAGGACAGGAAUAGGGUGAAAUGUGUUUGUGGCAUUGAAGGUGUUCCAAUUUCAACACAGUGGGAUCCCAAAGGGCAUUAUUACCCUAUACAGAUAGCCCAGUUUGGACUGAGUCACUACAGUAAACAGCUAAACCAGCCAAAAAACAAGGUCAAGAUUCUAGAAGAUGGGGAGAAAACCGAUCUCUCUGAUUGGCUGCUUCCAGAUUCAAACUCCGAGAUUCAGAGCAGACUGGAUGAACGCACAUCAGUUGAUAAUGCAGUAGUUGAAUUCAAGACUUCUCCUGACAUAAAAAAUUCAGGAAUUGCCAUAUCAAUAAAUGAAAAGAAGUUAUCAACACUUUCCAUGGAUCUCAAAUUCAUAAAUGAUGGCAGUGUAACUGUUAUAAUAAAAAUGGGAGAUGGAAACUUGUUCCGUAUCCAUUAUGUGCUUAGUGACACUGUUAUGAAGUUAGAAGGCAGUCGUGAUCUUUAUUAUGGCCUUGGAGCUUCCAGAAAAGGAAAGUGGUUUCACUUAACUAGAUUAUUAUUAACCGAUUUCCAAAAAGGAUUGAAUUUACAGUAUUCAAAAACUCGUACCUCCAGAAUGAAAAACGCAGCCCGUAUUUCUGCCAUAUGUGUCCGUGGGCAUGGACUAAUGGACAAUGUCACAGUCUCUGCACAUGCCCACAUGGACUUAUUUUACGAUGCUGCAAACUACCUGGUGCGGCGUCAAGAUUCACGGGGAGGUUGGCCCGUGAUGGUGCAUCGUAAAUUAAUUCCAGAGGUCAUGGAACUAGAGCCAGGGUGGUAUUCUGCCAUGGGUCAAGGGCAGGCCAUUUCUCUCCUUGUACGUGCCUACAUCGUCUCCAAAGACUAUAAAUAUAUAGAGGCCGCAGGCAAGGCCCUCAAUAUUUUUGACAUUCCAAGCUCCAAUGGAGGAGUGACUUCCAAGUAUCUCAAUGUGUAUAACUGGUAUGAGGAAUACCCUACAACGCCUAGUAGUUUUGUGCUAAAUGGAUUUAUGUAUUCUCUCAUAGGUCUGUACGACCUUAAAGAAAUAGCUAAUGGAAGAAUCAGCGAAAAAGCUGAACAACUAUUUAACUCCGGAAUGAGGACUUUAAAAACAAUGCUUCUUAUGUUCGACAGUGGUACGGGGACGUUUUACGACCUUCGACAUAUCACGGCGGGAUUGGCUCCUAAUCGAGCUCGAUGGGACUACCAUAAGGUUCAUAUAAACCAGGUUGAACUGUUGAGUGAAGUAGACAAAGAUCCAUUAUUUUCUAGUACUGUCGAGCGAUGGAAAGGCUACAUGAAAGGGAAGCUUUCACCUCACAACUAGAAAACUGCAAUAACAGAGUUUUGUAUAAAAUAUUUCUUUUAGUUAAUGUGAUAUUUUUUUUUCUAAAUUAAAGAAAUUUAGUUUCAUUAUUUAACAGAUGUUUUAAUGUUAAUAUAGCUCUGUUAUGAUGAAACUGUAUUUUUUUCUUAUCAUUCCAAUAUUGUUUGAGGGCUUUAUCUAUAUUUAUAUAGAUUUUAUAUUCCAUAUUGUCCCAUUGGUGCUGUAUGAAUUUAAUUUUAUCAAGAUACAGGACUGAAUUAUGUUUUAGUGUAUGCCUAGGUUUUUUUUUUAAAUAAAUUUAAUUUUCUAAAUGACACAAAAUUGUUCACAUUUUUAAGAGUAAUGUACACAUAUCGUGACAUUUAUAUACAUGUACAUGCAUGUUCAAACAAUAAAAAUCCUGCAUUCAUAUAAUUUACAAUAACAACACAAGCUAUAUCACCCGAAUUUUUUGUAAGUUCAUAGUAAAUUCAUCAAGAUAUACAAUAUUCUGAAAAGGGAUCCUACACUGAUGUUGUAUCUAAGAAGUGUUGUUUACAGAUUUUAUAUCAUCUGUUUUAUACAUUUGUAAAAACAAAAGUGUAGUUUUGGCAUUUAUAUAUUAUUCAUUUGUAUCAUUAUUAAUUUACACAUUUAUAAACCUAAUUGUAUCAAAUACAUACAUGUAUAUCACUUACAAAAUAUUUUACAGUUUAUGGUUACAUGAAUUUCAUUCAUUAAAAAAUAUUAAUAGGCUAGUUCCUAGAAUAUAUGUAUAUACAUAUGUCAUUUUUAGGGGUCUAUGCAAUUUAUUCAUGCAAUGGAUCUUCGAGAUAAAUAAACAGUAAAAUAUGUUUAAACAAAAGUGCCAUGGAUAGACAGUUUUUCUUUUGAUUAUUACAAACCUAUCAAUAUAUCUGUUAAGUUUGCAAUGUAGUUUAAAGCCACUGAAAAUGAAAAUCACAUUGCCUAAGCAUGUUUUACUGUUUCAUGUACUUGGACGAUUUCUUCAAGAAAAGUGAUUUUAGUGGAUUUUUUGAAGAUAUGAUUAUGUUCACAAUUUCAUUUUUGUAGAUGUAUUCCAGAAUCUUUAUUUACUUGUUUUUGCUCAAUUGAUUUCUCAUUUGUGGGUUGUUCUAUCUGAUAAUUUUGUUUAUCAUAACAAUAUUCAGGGCUUACUCUGUUUGUAGAGUACAAAUAUAUCUUGAUUGUAAUUUAAUUGGAAUAUCAUAUAUUGUUAUCUUCACUGAAAGACAACAUAGAAAAGAAGUUAAAGAACUUUCCCUUUGUAAUGAACAUGGUGAAGGAUUAAAUGAUCUCCAUUUCAUUUUUGUCACAGGUAAGCAACAAUUAAAUAGGCAUUGAUCGCUUGACCAUGGUAUGGUGAUAUCGACACAUAGUACAUGUUUAUAUUUUAAAGAAAUAUUACUAUUGGUCAGCUAAUUCAGGUUAGCUUGAUACCUGUUCAGAUUUACCUAUGUACUUUUAAGCAUUUUAUAUUUCUGUCAGAUGGGGGUAUAUUUCAAUGGUGCUUCUGUGUAUAAUAUUUGAUUGAAUUUAACAUGAUGAAAUCAUGUUUGUGAGUGUUGCAUUGACAUUCCAUAAAAUGACUGUUGUGUAUAUCAUCAUGUAUACUGUUUCAUGGAAUAUCAAAAGAUUUUCUUAUAUUUUUAUAACGUGUGAGUGUAAAAGUUGUCUGCUUUGUGUUGAUUCAAGAGAGACUGAUGCCACAUGGUCGGGAUGUCCAUUGUGGAAGUGUAAAUGUACAUGAAUGAAAUUCAUGAAGAAAAUUUAACUGCAUUUGUUAUUUCAUCACAAUACUCUGUUGUCACUAUAACCUGUCCUCAUAAGAAAUGAAGGCAGACAAUUAAAAAUUUAAAAACAUUUA